GUAGUAAAACCAGAGGAUGAUGACUUCCAGGAGUUUCAAGAUGCCUCAAAGUCUGGCUCCCUGGAUGACUCCUUUCCUGAUUUCCAAGGGGACGUAGCUGGCUCCUCCAAAGCAGCCACUUCACAGCAGCGGAGCAGUGUUCCUCCUUUACUCAUGCCGCUCCCAGGUAACAAGACGCUCUCGUCGACUGAUAAGUAUGCUGUGUUUAAAGGGAUUGCAGCUGAGAAGCCUUCUGAAAAUACAGCUACUUUUGGAGAUUGUGGAGACAAAUAUAGUGCUUUCCGUGAAUUAGAACAACCAUCAGAGAGCAAAUAUUUAGGAGAUAACCUCACAGACUUCAAGCCUGCAGGACCCGAUGAUGGUUUCACAGAUUUUAAAACCGCUGACAGUAUCUCACCAUUAGAGCCACCUCCAAAAGACAAAACUUAUUCUCUGCCCGUUCAGUCAAAACAGCAAACACAAGCAAAGACCUCUUUGAAUCUAGCAGACUUGGAUCUCUUUUCCUCUGCUGGAGAAAACAAGCAGCCAUCGUUUCCACCUGCAUUCAAUACGUCAAAAUCGGGCUCCUUUCCUCCACCACCCCUUCCAUCUACCACUGCCCAGCCUGCACCCAGCAAAAGUUCAGGCGUAGCUGAUGACUUUGGAGAGUUCAACCUUUUUGGAGAAUUUUCUAACUGCCCAUCAGCCAGUGGACAAGACGACUUUGCAGAUUUUAUGGCUUUCAACAACAGCGGUGGGUUUUCCGAACAAAAAGCAGAUGACAAGUACAACUCACUUAAGCUAGAGGCCGGUCCUGUUCCUCAGCCUGGCUCAUCUGCCAGCACGGGGAAGAGUGGGCAGAGUUCUGCCACCACUGCUACACCCACCAAAUAUGAUAUCUUCAAACAGCUUUCUCUGGAGGGCUCCGGGGCAGGCUUUGAGGAGACGAAGGACAGCACGCUUUCCUCAGGGAAGAGCGAUGAUGAUUUUGCUGACUUUCACUCCAACAAGUUUUCUUCCACGUGCAACAGCGCAGAUAAGUCCCUGGUGGACAAAGUUGCAGCUUUCAAGCAGGCCAAAGAAGACUCUGCUUCGGUGAAGUCUCUGGACCUCCCUUCUAUUGGUGGCAGCAGUGUUGGCAAGGAGGAUUCUGAAGACGCCUUGUCUGUUCAGUUUGACAUGAAACUGGCUGAUGUGGGAGGAGAUCUUAAGCAUGUCAUGUCUGAUAGCUCUUUGGAUUUGCCAACAGUUAGUGGCCAGCAUCCACCAGCAGCAGAUCUAGACGACUUAAAAUGUGCCCCAUUUGGAAGCUAUAACAGUGGGUCUGCAGUCAGCAGCCUGGCAAGCUAUGACUGGUCCGACAAAGAAGAUAUUCAUCAGGGCAAGAAGCUCUCCUCCUUUGUCCAGUCCUCAGGAAGUGGAUCCUCUGCGGCUACUUCUGUCCUUCAGAAGAAGGAGACUUUGUUUGGCAGUUCAGAAAACAUUACCAUGACAACAGUUUCCAAAGUGACAACCUUUUCUAGUGAGGAUGCUUUACAGGAUGUUUCCUUCCCAGCCUUUGCAAACUUUAAGGACUCUGGAGCAAUACCCAGCGGUCCCAGUGACGAUGACAUUGGGGACUUUGGUGAUUUUGCAAGACCAUCACCAGAAGCACAGGAUGCAGCAGCAGGAGCUGCUGACACAAACCAAGAGACAGAUUCCCUGGCUAGUGGUGUCUCUUCUGAACUGCAAAGAGAAUCUGCAGAUGACUUUGGAGAAUUCCAAAGUGAAAAGCCAAAAAUCAGCAAGUUUGACUUCUUGGUGGCAACUUCCCAAGGGAAGGUGAAAUCCAGUGAAGAAAUGAUCAAGAGUGAACUGGCCACCUUUGACCUGUCUGUGCAAGGGUCUCAUAAAAGGAGCCUAAGCCUAGGUGACCGAGAAAUAAGUCGCUCUUCACCUUUACCAGUUUUGGAACAGCCAUUUAGAGAUCGUUCAAAUACUCUGAGUGAGAAGCCUGCUCUGCCUGUCAUCAGAGACAAAUACAAAGACUUGACUGGAGAGGUUGAGGAAAGUGAGAGGUAUGCUUAUGAAUGGCAAAGAUGCUUGGAGAGUGCCCUGCAGGUCAUAAAGAAAGCAAAUGACACCUUAAAUGGAAUAAGUAGUUCAUCUGUUUGCACUGAAGUUAUCCAGUCUGCUCAAGGCAUGGAAUAUUUACUGGGGGUUGUUGAAGUCUACAGAGUAACAAAGAGAGUUGAACUGGGUAUCAAAGCAACUGCUGUUUGUAGUGAGAAACUCCAGCAACUGCUGAAGGAUAUUGAUAAAGUGUGGAACAACCUCAUCAGCUUCAUGUCACUUGCUGCUUUAACGCCAGAUGAGAACUCUCUGGAUUUCUCUUCCUGUAUGCUGCGCCCAGGGAUUAAAAACGCCCAAGAUCUCGCCUGUGGAGUGUGCCUCCUAAACGUGGACUCAAGAAGUAAAAAUGAAGAGAAACCUGUGGAAGAGCUUCCUAGAAAAGCCUUUAAUUCAGAAACAGAUAACUUUAAGCUGGCGUAUGGAGGGCACCAGUACCACGCAAGCUGUGCCAACUUCUGGAUCAACUGUGUGGAGCCAAAGCCUCCAGGUCUCAUUUUGCCAGACCUGCUGUGA